AUGGUUGUCAACAAUUUGGAGCUCGGUGUGGCUGCGCUUGCCAGUGCAGCAACAGUUGUACUGUAUAAUUACUCCGGUGACAUCGCCAAAGCCACAGCACCGGAUCACAAGUAUCAGGCAGGCGAAGACUAUCAUAGCGAGAAAAAGAAGGCCAAGAACUUCUUUGCCGACCCAAAAGCGAUUACUGCCGCUCUUCUCCGUGACUAUGCUUCAGUCCGGAGUAAGAUCAAGCCUCACGAACUUCUACCCAUCGUUCAGGAUCUUCUUAAGAAGGGCGAGCCCAUCGAUGAUAAGGCUGGGUCGACAGAGAAGCUGAUCCACGUCCUUACUACGUUACCUGAAGGGUCACAAACGAGAAUCAACCUGACCAACAAACUGAUUGACACUCUAUGGGACAACCUUCAGCAUCCCCCAUUGAGCUACAUGGGCGGUUCCCUCAAAGUUAAGAUUGAGGGAGACAAGACAGAAGUGAGGUUGACCGACACCAUCACGUACAAGUCACCUGAGAAUGGUGUGGAAAUCACAGAGACGAUGCCCCUGCGGCCACAUGCCAUGCACCAGUACCGAACCCCCGACGGGAGCUACAACAACAUCCUAAGCCCUGAUCUUGGUCGCGCAGGUACUCCAUACGCGAAGUCGGUGCUAACAUCAAAAAAACUUCAUGGAGUAAAACCGGAUCCAGGGCUUCUCUUCGACUUGCUCAUGGCUCGUGAGGAAGGCACUUUCAAAGAGAACCCCGCGGGUAUCUCAUCGAUAUUGUUCUACCAUGCGUCCAUCAUCAUUCACGACAUUUUCAGGACCAACAGAACGAACAUGAAUAUAUCAGACACAUCUUCGUACCUCGACUUGGCGCCACUUUAUGGCUCUAGUCUUGCAGACCAGCUGGAGAUCCGUACAAUGAAGGAAGGCAAGCUGAAGCCUGACACUUUCCACGAGAAGCGCCUGUUGGGCCAACCCCCAGGUGUCAACGUUAUGCUCAUCAUGUACAACAGAUUUCAUAACUAUGUGGCCGAAAUCCUUCUGAAAAUUAACGAGAAUGGGCGAUUUACUUUGGCGAAAUUCGAAAAUCCAUCGCCUGAAGACAUUGCCAGAGCUGUGGCUAAACAGGAUCACGAUUUGUUCAACACUGCUAGACUGAUUGUUGGCGGUCUCUACAUCAAUAUCUGCCUUCACGACUAUCUCCGUGCUAUCACUAACACACAUCACUCUGACAGUAAUUGGACUUUGGAUCCUCGCGUUGACAUUGACAAGCACUUUGACCCUAAUGGCGCUCCGCGUGGCAUUGGAAACCAAGUCAGUGUCGAGUUUAAUCUGCUCUACCGUUUCCACUCCUGCAUUUCCAAGAGAGACGAGAAGUGGACCGAAGACUUCUUCCAAUCAGAGUUCCCAGGAAAAACUAUAGACGAAAUCAACAAGCUUGACUUAUACGAGUUGUUAGGUGGUUUGCAAAAGUUCUUCGGCAAUGUGAAUCCAGACCCAAGUAAGCGAGAGUUCGGCGGUCUGCGAAGACAAGAAAACGGCAUGUUCAAUGAUGAAGAACUUGUCAGAGUGAUGAAGGAAGGCAUGGAAGAUCCAGCAGGAUGUUUCGGCGCCCGCAAUGUCCCCAAGGCUCUUCGCGUGGUUGAGAUUCUGGGCAUUGUGCAAGGGCGGAAAUGGCAAGUUGCAAGCCUCAACGAAUUCAGGGAAUUCUUUGGGCUCAAGCGCCAUGCCACAUUCUCGGACAUCAAUUCCGAUAAGGAUAUCGCCAGCGUGCUAGAGAAGCUAUAUACCCAUCCGGAUAUGGUAGAGAUGUAUCCUGGCAUCAUGAUUGAGAACCACAAACCGGCUAUGGAUCCAGGCUGUGGCAUUUGCCCUACGUAUUCUGUCGGCCGAGCCGUUCUCUCUGAUGCAAUUACCUUGGUCCGUUCUGAUAGAUUCAACACUCUGGACUAUACCGUUAGCAAUCUCACGGCAUGGGGUUACAACGAGGUCCAACAGGACUACAAAACUUUGGGCGGCUCCUUGUUCUACAAACUCAUCCAACGUGCAUUGCCAGGCUGGUUCCCGUUUAACUCACUGCAUGUCAUGCAGCCCAUGUACACUAAGAAAGCGAAUGAGGCUAUUGCAAAAGAGAUUGGUACCAUCAGUCUCUACACAGAGGCUGAUCCCAAGCCUCCACGACCCGUUCAUGUGCUCGCUGAAGGAAUUUCUGUUAGAGAAGUCCUGCACGAUGAACGAUUCGUCGUGCCUUGGCUUCCUGCUGUUAAUGAUCUCUUCCCAGGCUCAGGCAAAGACUUUAGUUGGUUUAUGCUUGCUGGUGAUAAGCCUGAGAAUGCUGCACAGAAGCGCAUGGUACAAGAAGUCUUCCAUAGCAUACCAGGAUUUGAAGCCGCCAUCUCGAGCUUUGUCGCUGAAGUGGGCUCCAAACUUCUAGCCAAGGAAACCUUCAAAAUGAAGGAAGGCCUGAACCAGAUCGACAUCAUCCGCGACAUUGCAAUUCCAAUGAAUGCCCAGUUGCUUUCAGAUAUCUUUUACCUCGACCUCCGUACUGAUGAGAACAAGAGCGGCUCGCUAUCGACAGCUGAGUUCUACAAGCAUCUACUCAAUAUCCGUAUAUGGGGCGUGAACAACAACGAUCCCGCAAUGGCUUGGAACCGGCGGCGAUGGGCCCAAGAAGGUGCCGCCAUCAUGACUAAAUCAGGGCGCGAUCUGGUCCGAGAUGUAGCAAACGAGAAGGGGGCCUCGGGUUUUGCUGGCUAUCUUGCCUCUGCAAUCUCGGACAAGCACAAAUCUCGAAGCUCUGAAAUCAAGCAAAAUUCCCUUCGCUCGUGUGGGCACAAGAUUGUGCAGGGCUUCCUUUCCAAAAGCAUAAGUCCGGAGAAGACAGCCGAUAUUUGCUGGUUGACGGCCUUUGGCGGAAUUGGUGUACCGGUUACAACACUUUGUGAGAUUAUGCAAUUCUUCCUCAAUGAGAAUAACAAAAAGCACUGGUCUCAGGUGCAGUCAAUCGCAGCGGCCGGUGAUGAUCAGACGCUACGUUUGUACACGCUCGAGGCCAUGCGCCUGACAACGGCACAGCGCAAUCUUCGCAUUGCGACACAACCUGCGAUGAUUGAUGGGAAAGACAUCAAGCCCGGCGACGCCGUUUUGCUACUUCUUGGUCAGGCUGGACGGGACCCAAGCGUUGUACAAGAUGCCGACAAAUUUAUCCCAACCCGCAAGCAGGAUGGCCUGAUUACACCUUUCAGUACCGGUCCUCACGACUGUGUAGGUCGCCAGAUUGCCAUGAAUUUCAUCGUUGGCAUGGUGAAGCUAUUUGCUGGACUAAAAGAUCUACGGCCUGCUCCAGGACAAAUGGGAAUAGUCAAGACUAUUCAGGUUGGCACAGAGAGAUGCUAUCUCAAUGACAGUUGGAGUUGGCUUUCCUUCGAUGCAUCCACCUGGAAGCUUCAUUUCAGUGGGCAUGGUAAAGGUUCCUUCAAGGCCCCACCGGCGCACAUCGGUGAGAAUCUUGAACUCAGCCAAAUAGAGGCAAUUCUGGGCAAAAACAAGGACGAAAAAAAUCUCAUAGAUUAA